UGAGUCAUUGUAGUUUUUUUUUCAAUUAAUCUUAACUUUCUAAACCUAAUAGUUUAAUUUAAUAAAUAUAUGCGUUAUAAAACAUGAGUGCAUAUUUAAUUCUUUUAAAAACAUGUUUAAUUGUUACAACGUGCCCUAAUUUUACAGUUGUAUUGUUUACUAUUUUUCAUUGAUAUUGUUUAUAACAUUUACCACUGACGUAAAUCUUAGCCAUGGAAGUUAAUCCAUUAAAUAUAUUUUUCGUGAAAUCUGACAGUAAAGGAGAUAGAUUGCUAUUUAGAUACCCGUACACAAUUGAAAACAAGGAUGAAAGUAAGCAGAAGAAAUUUGGUCGUCACAAUCCAUAUGCAAUAAAUUCUGCUGAAGACCUACUGCAAAACUCACAAUCUCAAACAUCAAAUAUCUGUAAAGGUCAACUAAGUGGUUUUACAGAUGAAAUGUUGUCAACAUUAUUUGCUGUUAAAGCAGAACUUUGUAACAGAAAGUUUGAGCUUAAAGUCAAUGAUGUGAGAUUUGUAGGUCAUCCCACUCUUCUCCCCUACAGGACAAACAAAGAUGACACUGCUGCUAUGAUACUUAUUAAUAUAGUGUUUGCAUUGCAAGCAUCUGCAAGCCAUUCAAUUGUGAAAUGUUAUUAUGACUUGAGCAAAAGACUGGGUAAAGCUCUAAGACAUGAAGAGAAAAGGUGUUCAUAUUUAACUGAAGAAAUGAAAAUUAUGUUGGCAGCUCACGAUGAAGUAUCAGCAUUAGAUAGUGAGAUAAAUUCUGGUGAAAAUGAUGAUGAAGAAGAAAAUUCUAGACAUUCAGUCAGCUCUACUACAUACAGCAUAGAUAAUGGAGCAAAUAAUGUACCUAAAUCAGCAUUUCAUCUUAUUCUACAGAGAAGCUCACUGGCGAGAUCUAUGAAGUCUGUGUUUGAAGAAUUAAGUAGUACUGGUAUUGUACAAGUUCGUAUAAACAAGUGGGUACUUCUAUCAUUUUGUCUGCCACAUAAAGCACAUCAGAUACAUAAUAGGGGUUUGAUCAUAGAGCCAGAGACAAUUGACAAAUGUGUGCAGAGGUUACGACCCUAUCAUGGCAUUCUACUUAUGGUAAAUCCCAAUGAGUUGCUGGCGUCAAUUCCUUUAGAUGGGAGCCCCGCACUUCUAAGACUUAUAAAGUUAUACAGUCCUCUGAAGAGUUUACAAACUUUAGCGAUUGAAGCAGAUCUGACACUCACACAGGCUUUCCAACUUACAGGGCAUUUGGUGUACUGGGCUAAAGCAACAGUCAUAUAUCCGUUAUGCGAAGGUAAUGUUUAUGUAGUCGCGCCCGGAGCGAACAUACACAUAAACUCACCACUAGUCGACGAAUUUGCCAAGGAAUUUCCUGGACUAUGUUUACUACAAAUGCUGAGCGAGUUCUCGCUGCCGGCGCCGCUGUGGUACGUGUCGCGCGGCGCGUGGGGCGCGCGCUGCGGCGGGCGGCCGGCGCGCCUCGUGGCGUGGCUGCUGCGGCGCCGCCUGCUGCUGCAGCUGCACACCUACGUGCAGUUCAACUCGCCGCACUGCCCGCACUGGCCCAGGCAGCCGCACGCGCACUACGAUGGUAAAGAGUAUUUUUGCGAAAAACACGACUCUUACUACCAGUCAAACAGUGUAUCAUUCUCAUCUCUAAACCAAGUACAACUAAACGUCCCCGAGCCGGUUGAACCUAGAGAGAGCAUUAAUACUUUUCCAGAUUCAGAUGAAGAUUAUCCAACGCAAAACAACCUUAACCAGACGGACUUUUCUCACACAAAACCCAUAGUUAUUGAAUCCGAACACACGAAAUACGAUAAAUUCCACGAAGUAGACUCGGCGAAUCAUUCCUUCGAUGAUGGUAUUGACGUGGUCGAUGGCUUAAUAAAACCUAGUGUCAAUGGAUGUGAUUAUGAAACAACUAAAAAGAUACAAAAGAAAGUACAAGGAAACUCAGUUGAUAGCGGCAUAUCGAAUAAUAUUAACGGGAAUGGCAUAAAUGGGAUAGAAAACGGUCAUGUCAAUGGGCACACGGAUACUAAAGAUAUGGAUGUAAAAAGUUUACCAUCGAGACUCUCAGAUUUAUCCUUAAAAGAGUCCGAUAAUGUGAUAAACAGAGAUACAAGUAGUGACGAGGAUAAAUUUGAAAGUGAUAUAGAAGUAUCGCCAAGGCUCAAAAACGCUCAUGCAGCAACAAAUGGAACAGAAAAGAAGAACGGUGUGUCGUUGAAUCUUAAGUUGCAGAGUGAAAUGAGUUUCCAGUCGCCUACCGUGUGGAGCGCGCCCGCCGGCUGCGACGCGACUGACGCGUGUCGCGUGCCUAGCGACCCACCCACCACCGAGUCCCUGCUCGACACCUUCACCGCCGAGGAGAGAGCUGUUCUAGCCACUAUACCCGCCUCGGAGAACCCUGGCGAUCUGCUGUUACUCGCACAAUUACAUAAAAAAGGGUACUUCCGUGGCGAACAACAUCUUGAAGAAAUAAUGUUUAUGGAGAAUGUUUCUCGAUCGCAACUGAUGCAACUUCUUGACAAGUUCAAAGAUGUGCUUAUUACAUUUGAAACAGAAGAUCCCGCAGUCGCAAUGCUCUACCCUUAUUAUUAAGUUGGUAUUAGAAAUAAAUACUAUUGAGAAAAUUUAAUGCAUAUUUUAUAUUUGCUCGCGCAAAUGUAUAUCUCUUAAUAAAUGAGAUAAAAUAUCAUAACAAUGUUGCUUAUUGUCAUUUCUGUAAAUUUUACACAUAUUUAUACUUUUUGUACAGAAUUUUAUGAUUUAUUAUGUUGUGGCUGGUUCACUCCGAAUGAAUUUUGUUUAAUUAAUAAUCUUCGCUACUCAAAAGUUUUUAUACGAAGAUGUUAAAAAAUAUUUCAUUUGUUUGUGAGUUGGUUUUUUUUGUUAUUGUUUAUUUCUAUUUAUUUAAUCCUUCAAAAUUUUAAAAUUUAUUGUCUUUAAUUAAGUUAUUGUAGAAAAAACUCCUAAAGUAGUAAAUUGUAACGUACUUAGUAUGUUAUAUCUAAAUAAAGUAAUAUUUGAUUUAUUUAUACCCUGGUGCAAGUAAAAGGUAAAAGUUCUUUUUGUCUAAAAUUUUCGCCAAUAAUAAAGUGAAUGAUUAUAGAUUUAAAAGUAAGUUUACUUUUGUAGUGUGUGAUAUUAGUUAAUGAGGAAGCUUUAAUUAAUUUUU